AACCUGCCGCUCCGGGCAGGUCCCGGGUCUCCUUUGCUAAGCCCUCCCCCCUCCUCCCCCCCGCCAGGUGCGUCGGUCACCGUCUCGGCGGUAAGGAACGGCGCCCGGACUAGCGCGGGAACGUGGGUGCCGGAGUCCCGCCCUCCCCUCCGGCAGGUGCACAGAAGCUCUUGAAAAGUACAACAAGUUGAAAGUGAACCAGCUUGCUCUCGGGCAGGACCAGAGCCAUGAGCAAUAACGGAACAGACCUCACCACUGGUUUCAUCUCCUCUAUUGCAGCCAUCCUUUUGUUUGGCUCAAACUUUGUACCACUUAAAAAAUAUGAGACUGGCGAUGGAAUGUUUCUCCAGUGGGUACUUUGUGCUGCCAUAUGGUUGGUUGCCUUGGUGGUCAAUCUGAUAUUACAUUGCCCUAAGUUUUGGCCUUUUGCAAUGGUUGGGGGCUGCAUUUGGGCAACAGGAAACAUUGCGGUUGUCCCAAUUAUCAAAACCAUCGGUUUGGGCCUUGGAAUCUUAAUCUGGGGAUCAUUUAAUACCUUAAUCGGCUGGGCAAGCUCAAGGUUUGGCUGGUUUGGAAUGGAUGCAGAAGAGGUGUCAAAACCACUGCUCAAUUACAUCGGAGCUGGGCUGUCAGUAGUAAGUGCUUUCAUAUUUUUGUUCAUCAAAAGCAAAAUACCAAAUAACACAUAUUCUGUGGACACCACACCAUUAAUAACAGAACAUGUGAUUAACAAAACUCAAGAUCCCGAUCCUGAUUAUUCCUGGGUGGAUAAACUUUCUACAGUGCAAAACCGCUUAGUGGGCUGCAGUCUCGCAGUAAUAUCUGGAAUACUCUAUGGAUCUACAUUUGUGCCAAUCAUUUACAUCAAGGACCACAGCAAGAGAAAUGAUAGCAUAUAUGCAGGGGCAAGUCAGAACGAUUUAGACUACGUUUUUGCACACUUCAGCGGCAUCUUCCUCGCGAGUACAGUCUACUUUCUGGCCUACUGUAUAGCCAUGAAAAAUAAUCCUAAACUAUAUCCCAAAGCAGUCUUGCCAGGAUUCCUGUCUGGAAUACUCUGGGCCAUUGCUACCUGCUGUUGGUUCAUAGCGAACCACUCCCUCAGUGCUGUGGUCAGUUUUCCAAUCAUCACUGCUGGUCCAGGAUUUAUAGCUGCAAUGUGGGGUGUCUUCAUGUUUAAGGAAAUACAGGGUCGACAAAACUACCUGCUGAUGAUACUUGCAUUUUGCAUCAUCUUGGCUGGAGCCUUAUGCACAGCUUUUUCUAAAAUCUAACAACCACAAGGCCAGCAGAUGGCAGCAGUGCUUGAGAACACACGUCUCCUGGACACAGAGACUGUGCUGAGAACAGGGUUCACGUUCAUACGGCAAAUGGAUCUCCAUCCAUCCCGGAUUAGGGUAGAUGAUUUUUUUUUUCCCCACAAAUGUGAGAAUGAAGGAAAACACUUUCAGUCGAGCAUAAAAAUGAGAAAUUCUUCUAAUGAACUUAUUUAUGAAGAAUUACAUCUAAGGAUGCUGCUUUAACCACAAUUAUGUAUUUACUGGUGCAUAAUCUAGAAAACAGUGUGGAUUUCGUAUGCAAAGAACUUGGUAUAUGUCCAAAUUUCCAACAUAUGAACCUCAUUAGUGAAGAUAGGCAUAAAAAUGUUUGUGGGGAGAGGAGUGGGAAGAAGACUUAUAGUGGCAUUAGAAUCCAAAGAUAUCUGGGGCCUUUGCGAGAAAAAGUAAAUGUCAGAGUUGGUAACAGAAUGUGAAAAGGGCCAUUUCAUUAUUUUUAGCCCAGACUUAUUUUUACCUCAGAUUAAUGUUGCCCACUUCUCCAUCACCCACCUGACUUAGCUCAAAAUGCCUUUUGAUUAUCUCCAGAUAAAAUCCAUCCUCAGAGAACAAAAGCUUCCACCAUUGAGAAUAUGUGUGUAACACAUAUACAUACAUAAACAAGUACACACAUGAAUACACAUGCAUAUAUGUAUGUACUACUCCAAAUUGGGGGGAGAUUCUAGAAUUGGUGAAGUGAGAUUCUAGCUUAUCGGAGUGAGACUUUUAAGGGACCAACACACUCCUUUAGAUGUACAAUUUAAUUUUUUUUUCUGAAAUAUACUUUUCUAAAAUCCCUCUUGUAACCGGUGGUUUUCUUCCUGUUUUAACUGGCGGUUUCCACUAGGUAAAAGAAAAUCACAGAAAAUGAUAGUGUUCUUUAAGAAAACUGAAAUGGAACUGCUAGUACAAUGUUUAUCACAGUGGUUCCCAAACUCUCAAAAUAAUCGAAUUAAAAAACCUGGAAGAGUGCAGUGUCAGUUUCACCCACUCCCUCUCCUAGAAGCACUUUACUUUGCUGCUAGGACAGGCAGAAAGUGUGUGACUCCCAAGCUAAUCUGUAUGGGUUCAAAUCCCGCCUCUGCUUCAUCUUAACUGUGUGACUUUGGAUAAAGGUCCUGUACCCCCUGUAUCAGAUUCCCCAUCUGUAAACUGGAGAUAAUGGUAACAUCCAUCUCACAUGGUUACUGGGAAGUUCAAAUUAGUGAAAAUCUGUAAAGUAUUUUCAUGAGUGUCUGGCGCUUGGCAAAUAUAUAAUUCCUUUUUUUAAAUUCAUUUUUGGCCGCAUUGGGUCUUCGUUGCUGCGUGGGCUUUUCUCUAGUUGUGGCGAGCGGGGGCUACUCUUCAUUGUGGUGCACAGGCCUCAUUGCGGUGGCUUCUCUUGUUGCAGAGCAUGGGCUCUAGGCACGCAGGCUCAGUAGUUGUGGCGCACGGGCUUAGUUGCUCCGCGGCAUGUGGGAUCUUCCCGGACCAGGGCUCGAACCCGUGUCCCCUGCAUUGGCAGGCGGAUUCCUAACCACUGCGCCACCAGGGAAGUCCCUCUAAUUCUUAGCUAUUAUAAUAUGUCCUGUUUGAGAAAGAAAGCCUGUGUCUGUAGAUUGGAGAAUACUUUGUGAGAGCUACUCCUCUCACCACCACCCACACUCAAACAACUCCUUAUGCCUCUCUAUGAGUUCAAUUUAAAAAUGAUACUGGAGUCCCUGUUUAAUUGUUGAAGUGUGAAUAUAAAUAAAUAUUUGAUUGCAACAUCUCCCAAAAAUUCAUUUUAAU